AAUCAGAGGCUCUAUCAGAAGAACCUGAAGAUGAGCGCUGCUGACAUGUACCGCUGGAAGCUGUCCUCUCAGGAGCCGUGCAGCAUGACCUGCUCUAUAGGAGUGUCCAAGUCCUUCGUCUCGUGUGUUCGUUACGACGGCAUCGAGGUGCACGACAUGUACUGCGAUGCUCUGACCAGACCGGAGCCGGUUCACGACUUCUGCAUCGGGAGAGAGUGUCAGCCCAGAUGGGAGGCCAGCAGCUGGAGCGAGUGCUCCAGGACCUGCGGGGAGGGUUUCCAGUUCCGGCAGGUGCGCUGUUGGAAGAUGUUGUCUCCUGGUUUGGACAGCUCGGUGUACAGCGACCUCUGCACCAUGACCGACCUGGAGAGACCCAUGGAGAGACGAGCCUGUAAGAGCCCCGCCUGCGGACCCCAGUGGGAGGUGGCCGAGUGGACCGAGUGUCCUGCUAAAUGCGGCCGCAGAGCUCAGGUGUCCCGUGAUGUCCGCUGCUCUGAAGAAACCAGACCAUGUGACCCGAUGACCAAACCGGCAAACAUCAAGAACUGCACCGGUCCGCCCUGCGAACGCCACUGGACCGUGUCCGAGUGGGGGCCUUGCUCGGGGUCGUGCGGUCAGGGGAAAAUGGUGCGUCAUGUGUACUGUAAGGCUCCGGAGGGUCGCGUGGUUCCUGAGAACCAGUGCUCUGCGGAGGACAAGCCGCUGGCCAUCCAUCCCUGUGGGGAGAGAGACUGCGCUCCUCACUGGCUGAGUCAGGACUGGGACAGGUGUAACACCACCUGCGGCCGCGGCGUGAAGCGGAGGAACGUCAUGUGUGUCGGCAUCAGCAGCGGAAAGUUCCAGGUGUUUGACGAGGAGGCGUGCGGCGGCACCGAGAAGCCUGAAGAUGAAAACACGUGCUUCGAAAGGCCGUGUUUUAAAUGGUACACCACACCUUGGUCUGAGUGCACUAAGACAUGCGGAGUGGGUGUGAGGAUGAGGGACGUUAAGUGCUACCAGGGCAGGGAGCUGGUCCGAGGCUGCGACCCCCUCACCAAACCGGUGGCCAAACAGACCUGCACCCUGCAGCCCUGCCCCACCGAGCCUCCAGAUGAGAGCUGCCAGGAUCGUCCCUCCACCAACUGCUUGCUGGCGCUGAAGGUGAACCUGUGCAGCCACUGGUACUACAGCAAGGCCUGCUGCCACUCCUGCCGCACCGUCAGACCUCCCAGCUCCUAGUCCAGGACGCCUGCCUCCUCCACC